CCGCCGCCGCCGCCGCGCCCGCCAUGGACGUCCGCCUGUACCCCUCGGCGCCCGCGGUGGGCGCGCGGCCCGGGGCCGAGCCGGCCGGCCUGGCGCCCCUGGACUAUUACCACUGCGGCAAGUUUGAUGGUGAGAGUGCCUACGUGGGGAUGAGUGACGGAAACCCAGAGCUCCUAUCAACCAGCCAGACCUACAACAGCCAGAACGAGAGCAACGAAGACUAUGAGAUCCCCCCAAUAACACCUCCCAACCUCCCUGAGCCAUCCCUCCUGCACCUGGGGGACCACGAAGCCGGCUACCACUCGCUGUGCCACAGUCUCACGCCCAACGGACUGCUCCCUGCUUACUCCUACCAGGCUAUGGACCUCCCAGCCAUCAUGGUGUCCAACAUGCUGGCCCAGGACAGCCACCUGCUGUCAGGCCAGCUGCCCACGAAGCUGCUCAGAGGUCAUGGCCAAAUUUGUGGCCCAACUCUAGCAGAUGCCUGGGACCUUCAGAUCCAGGAGAUGGUCCACUCGGAGGUCGCUGCCUAUGACUCAGGCCGGCCAGGACCCCUGCUGGGCCGCCCAGCAAUGCUAGCGGGCCACAUGAGCGCCCUCAGCCAGUCCCAGCUCAUCUCUCAGAUGGGCAUCCGGAGUGGCAUCGCCCACAGCUCCCCAUCACCCCCAGGGAGCAAGUCGGCCACCCCCUCUCCCUCCAGUUCGACUCAGGAGGAGGAGUCGGAAGCGCAUUUCAAGAUGUCGGGAGAAAAGAGACCCUCGGCCGACCCCGGCAAAAAGGCCAAGAACCCAAAGAAGAAGAAGAAGAAGGACCCCAAUGAGCCGCAGAAACCCGUGUCAGCCUACGCCCUCUUCUUCAGAGACACGCAGGCCGCCAUCAAGGGACAGAACCCCAGUGCGACCUUCGGGGAUGUGUCCAAAAUUGUGGCCUCCAUGUGGGACAGCUUGGGAGAGGAGCAGAAGCAGGCCUACAAGAGGAAGACUGAAGCAGCGAAGAAAGAGUAUUUGAAGGCUCUGGCAGCCUACAGGGCCAGCCUUGUCUCCAAGAGCUCCUCCGACCAGGGCGAGGCCAGGAGCACUCAGGCGAGCCCACCGGCCAAGAUGCUCCCACCCAAGCAGCCCAUGUACGCCAUGCCAGGCCUGGCUUCCUUCCUGACGCCUUCCGACCUGCAGGCCUUCCGCAGCGGGGCCUCCCCCGCCAGCCUCGCCCGGACGCUGGGCUCCAAGUCGCUGCUGCCGGGUCUCAGCGCAUCCCCGCCCCCCUCUUUCCCUCUCAGCCCCACCCUGCACCAGCAGCUGCCACUGCCCCCCCACGCCCAGGGCACCCUGCUCAGCCCACCUGGCAGCAUGUCCCCAGCCCCCCAGCCUCCCGUCCUGCCCGCUCCCAUGGCUCUCCAGGUGCAGCUGGCCGUGAGCCCCUCACCUCCAGGGCCACAGGACUUCCCUCACAUCUCUGAGUUCCCCAGCGGUUCCGGAUCCCGCUCCCCUGGCCCAUCCAACCCCACGAGCAGUGGAGACUGGGACAGCAGUUACCCCAGCGGGGAGUGCGGCAUCAGCACCUGCAGCCUGCUCCCCAGGGAUAAAUCGCUCUACCUCACCUAAGCCCGCCUCCCUCUCCUCCCUGAGGCUUGCUGGAAGGGCACUGCUCAGAGCCUGAAGGGCUGACGGCAGAAAAGAGGCCUUGGCAGGAAGCAGGGUGCCGGAGAAGAGAGAGCAGUGACACGCCCACAGCCCAGGGCUGAGUCUCUUCCUCAACCUCCCACCAGACUCUGCAGAGGCAGCCCACCGCCCGCCACCAGCCCAAAGAACCUGCAGGAACCUUCCACCCCCUGAUCUGCUUGCUCCAGGGUUACUGUGGACCCCGCUCUUUGCCCUGCCACCGUACCCUAUGUCUGGACGUCUGGCCCCAGCCCAGGGUCGCAUGAGCUGCCCCUGGACGGGUCGCUCUGCAGCAGAAACCCACCCCCAGAUGCAUGGGGUGGGGCCAGCUCAGCCCCAGACGUGCAAAUACGGUUUUACAGUGUGAACAAGACAUUAUGAAACUGAUAAACUGUUGGCUCCGUGUACGUACUAGUUGACUAAGUGUUUUAGAAACUGUGCUGAAGACACCUGUAAGAUUAUUUUCUUGGGGGGUGGGAGUAGAUUCCUUUAAGGUGAAAAGCAUUUUAUAUGACCCUUAGCACAUAUUUUUAAGUUUUAUCUUAAGGGAGACGUGCACAAAAGAGACUGCCAAACCGUUUCAUCGUCUGUACAGCAGGAACUGGACGAUUUACAGCCACACUCAGAGACCUUGCGCUUUUUUUUAAAUCAUACAUUUAUCUAUUUAAAAUGGCCAGCAACGACUUCUGUCUAUUUAUGAGGAACAGUUGAGAACAAAAAUGCAGUUUAUCAUAAAGUGUGCGUGCUUUGGGGGUUUGGUUUGAGUUUGGGUUCUUAAUGUUUGCAGCUGUUUUCUGACCCUGCAAAUGUCUGUCUCGGUGCCCAGUGCUUCUCUCGAAUUUCUUUAUAAUAAAACUUCUGAAAAGUUGGCAACAGGCCUGUCUCUGCUUGCACUUGGUAAGUCAGGGCCAGGCCUUUCUGGAGUGGCCUUGGUGGUGGCUUCGCCAGGACAGAGCCCCUGGUGUCAGUCAGAUUGAGGUCAAAGUCCUACCUGCCCUUUCCCCGCCCCUGAGAGUCUCUAACAGGGGCAGAGCCUAAGUCUUGCCAUCUAUAGACGUGGGAUAACGAUGGCGCAAACAUGUAGGGUUCUCGUGACGAUUCAAAGGGCUCUGGGAUAGAGUGCUGGCCACACAGGGGGCCCCAUUGGCAGGUGACCCCCGUGAGCCCUUACCGACCACUCCCUUGCCACUGAUGGGGCCCCUCUCCUCUGGAAGCUUCCAGUCUGGUGGAGGUGAGAGGUGGGUUCAGGACAGCAGGAGCUCAGAGUUGACAGAGGGACUCCUCCAAACCUGAGUGUAGCAAGCAUCCUGGACAAGGAACGCUUAACCAGGCUUCCCGACAGAUUUUAGGGGGGUGAUACUUCAAAAAAAACAAAGUAAUAAUUAUUUUAACUGUAUCUAGAAAAGUCACUAUCGCUGGUACAGAGGUGCUUUGGGGAAACUACAGCUCUUGGGCCCCAUGGCACAGCUAUUUUGAGGUGGGGGGGGCAGGUGACAGCACCCUGAACCAGGCCCGUGACCCAGACAGAGGAGGCUUCACAGGUCUGGCCCCUUGUUCUCCAAUCAUGCAGCCCCGCUUCGCCCAGAUAACAGCUCCUGGGAUGAGGCACAGUUUCUCUGUGGGCAGUUUCCUCACUGGAGGGCAUUUUGUAAUCCACUUUGGAAAAAGAACAAAAGAAAAACCAGCCAAACAAACAAAAACAACAUGCUGUCAUGUCAGUAGC